AUGAGGUGGUUUGGGUUGUACGGGGUGCCUUAUCCAUACUCCCCAGUCCAGAAUAAGCGCCUCUGCUUUUGCUCUUGCCCGGACGCCACAGUGAAGGCUCAGCCCAGUGGAACAGUGCUUCAAACACCUGCGUCUGUGUUGUGGCUGGCCUCUCCUCGGGCCGGGACACGCACCGCAGGUUUCGCCUCAUCCCGGGCCAAGUGCUCUGGCGCGGGCCCCGAUGCUUGGCUGGAGCUCUGGACGUUAGCGAAAGAGGAGAGCGAGAGCCGGUGA